CUGAAGGAGCGCGUUGCACGUGUGUGGAGUCCAGUAAACAGACAAGAUAUGUGGGAAGAAGCAGGUGAAGCGGCAAUUAUUGGCCUAAGCUAUGGCCCCCAGGAAGCUGACCGAAGAACAACGAGUGCGUAAACGUGAAAGGGCCCGGCAGCUGUAUCGGGAGAAACGAGACAAAAGACUGCUGCUCGCGGGACUGCUGCUCGCGGCAGCACAUGAUGUUAAUCAAGGGGAGGGUGCAGAGGCCCGCGGCCGAGCCAACCGCGGCGAUGACGCUGGAGACGCUGAACAGCAGGGCUCAUCUUGCACUGCGCAAGAUUCGAAGCAGAGAGGGCAGACGGAGGGCGCAGGAGCACAUCACUGCGCUGACGCCAAACAGGAGGACGCCGCCGAGACUGCAAACAGCCGCGUUCCAGCCGAAGAACAACUAGCAGGAUCAAAGGAUGUCUCUUCAGGCGAGUCUUCAACGCUGGAUCAGCGCAAAAGGAAGAACGGGCUCCAGCGGGCACGAAAGGAUGCUGGCCUGACCCCCGAAAAACGGCAAAGAAAAAUCGAGCUGCAGCGGGCACGAAGGCAGGCAGGCCUGACUCCCGAAGCACGUCAGAGGAAAAACGAGCUGGAACGGGCACGAAGACAGGCAACCACGACCCCCGAAAAGCGGCAAAGGAGGAACGAGCUGGAACGGGCACGAAGACAGGCAGGCCUGACUCCCGAAGCACGGCAGAGGAAAAACGAGCUGGAACGGGCACGAAGACAGGCAACCACGACCCCCGAAAAGCGGCAAAGGAGGAACGAGCUGGAACGGGCACGAAGACAGGCAGGCCUGACUCCCGAAGCACGGCAGAGGAAAAUCGAGCUGGAACGGGCACGAAGACAGGCAGGCCUGUCUCCCGAAGCACGGCAGAGGAAAAACGAGCUGGAACGGGCACGAAGACAGGCAGGCCUGACUCCCGAAGCACGGCAGAGGAAAAACGAGCUGGAACGGGCACGAAGACAGGCAGGCCUGACUCCCGAAGCACGGCAGAGGAAAAUCGAGCUGGAACGGGCGCAAAGACAGGCAACCACGACCCCCGAAAAGCGGCAAAGGAGGAACGAGCUUGACCGGACUCGCAGGCGCAGGCAGGCACUUGCUGCAGCUUCGGGAACGAAUUCCGAUGCAGAAGAUCUAGACGACGAACGGGCGAAGUCGCCUAUCCCUAUUUUAUGGUCAAGGCGAGACGAUGGGUUGGUGUACGACGAGGACGCUGACUCAGAUCCCGAGUCCCAUGGUGGAGACUUUGAUGACUCAAGUACCGAAUAGAAUGUCAUCUGCUUCCACGUUAGCGUUAGCGUUUUUAUUUAAAAGGACUUGAGUGUAUUGUGACCAAUUCUCCACUUUUGACAAUGCCUAUCAACACAUUUUAAUAACAAUUUUAUUUUUUUCGUUUUUUACAAAGGACUGAGAUGUACAACAGUAACAAAGAAAGAAACUUCUGAAACUUGAGAUAUUUUUUUGCAGAACAUUUAGCGUAUGCUCUUUUCCUCUGAUCCAAUUACUAGGAUAUAAGAACGCACGCCUCAAAUGUAUCUGAAAAUGGACUCAUUAGUGUUGGCAAAAAGGACGAGAGUUUUGGCUUUUUGGAAUAUAAAUAAUUUGAACAGUAUCACAUGAGGAGAAUCGUCCGACCGUUUUAGUUGGGAAAAGGUGUGACUGCAGACUUAACUUGGACAUCAUGAAACAGCUUGGGGCUUCUUUGGGUCUCCCUGCUUGUGGUCCACAGCAUACACAAGUUCCGGAAUAGAUGGUAUUUAGUGCCAAUUUUCAUUUGAGCAAUUUAAAGCC